GCGACUCACCACGAACUCUUGAAGAGGCUCUGGUCCUCUUCUGGCUGCUCAGCGUCUUCCUGCAAUGCCUGGGGCAGCAGUCCAGGCUGCCUGAAGGGCUCUUUGCCUUGGCAUGUCUGACCAAAGCACUGGUGCCUGCUCUGGUGCUGAGCCUCAGUGCAGGGCCCAGGAUGGUGGUGCCAGUGAACCUUUCCUCCUGGGAAAGCCGACUCACAGGUGGCUGCAGCCUGGUGCUGCUGGGGUACAGCAAAAACCUCCAGCCUCCCUGUGCCAUCUGCAGAACAGAGUGAGGCCAGGGACAAGGAGGGGGUGAUCAAGGCACUGAUUAUGGAGCUGUCUCCCUUCAGCAGCUGGCUGUCCCAGGCAGAGCUGUGCUCCCCGGCCCAGCUGUGCUGAAUCCAUGGCAAACUGCCGCGGUUCACCACACCGAGGAGAGCCCAUCGGGCUCCAGCUGUGCAGAGGCUGGGCUCAGGACAGAGGCUGGGCUGGCUCCAGGAUUCAGGGUGACAGACCAGCUCUCCACGGGACGUCCCGCCAAAGGGACCUCAGUGUGGAGGUAAGGACCAGUGUCCAAAUCCUUCUGCAGUGCAAAUACAAAAUAAACCAGAGUGCUCUUGGGUGCUGUCCCGGGUGCCAUGAAUGCGGCUGACCCGGCUGCUCAUGCUCUCCCGGCACAUGACCGAUACUCGGAGUAAGUGUGCUCGGGGAGAGUGAUGACGGCUGCUGGUGGCAGCAUUCCUGUGGGCGCCACGGUUUCUCUUGAGGGAGAAAUUAGCAGGACCUGUUUAUGAACUUGUUUUCGAGCUCUGGUCGGGGAGUUGGGCACGAGCACUGAGAUCCCAUUAUGUAAGGAACGCCGGCAGCGGGAGACAGCAGCUGGGGCUGUGCUUGGCCCUGCCUGACCCGUGACCGCGGUGAGAGUCGGGGAUGGAGCCUUCCCCCCUCGCACGGCUCUUCCGGGCCCAGGGCGAGCGAACAGCCCUGCCAGUGUGGCUGCCCCUCGGCAACCCUCGCCGGGGAAAUAAAGGAGCGCGGCGUUCCCUGCCGCGGCCCUUCCAUGUGACGGCCGGUCACACUCCGCGGCUGCCAGGCGCGGGGAUUGUCUCAUCCCGCUGGCAUGUUCCCACCGCGGGACACGUUAGCACACACAAUGCGGCCCCUGUGCACCGUGGGGGAUCUGUCGGUACCUGCUGGUGGCCUGGCUUUUAUUGCUAUUGUCAUGGUUAUUACUCCAGCCCGCUGAGCCGAGGGGCGGGAGGCUGAUCAGCAUUCAGAGCCAGGCUCUGCCCCGCUGCCUGAACCGCCCAGCGCGGCUGCCUUCAGAUCCUUCCGGCUCUCACGGCUUGUUCCAGCGCUGCUUGGACACGAACCGGGGCCAAACGCUGCUGCAGAGUUUGGGCGGGCAGGACAGGGCAGGAUUCCCCGCAGGGAUUUCCUCUCACCUGCUGCUAGGCAGAUGCCGCAGGGUGGGCUGAGGGCGAGGACGAUGGCCCCGGUGGUCCCUCUGCCCUGCCAGGGCACACCAAAGAGCCACCACCCCUCGCGUUGUGUGGGCUCGUGGCCACGCUGUGGUGGGGAAAAGCGUGGGAGGGUUGGGAGGCAAAACUCUGUCAGCUCUCCCAUCCACACCUUCGCCAAAGCAGGCUUGGGAGAGGAGCAACCCCUGGAUGCAGUUUGGAUGGAGCAGGGGUCAGACAGAGCUGCAGGGUGCUGAGAGUAGCAGCUCAGGGUGUACUCAGACCCAGCUGCCUUUCUGCUGGGAGGGAAUGUGCUUUUCAACCCUUACAGCCAUCGGGAUCACGGCACACCCCUCUGUGCCGGUAAAUAGGAGGGGUGUGUUUGGGUUGGGAGAAGGAUUGUUACUGAAGGCACAAGGCCAAGAAAGGAUGGGAAUGGCCUUUUCUCGAGGCCACAGCUCUGCAAUAUCUUGCAGAGAUUUCGAGGGAUUUAAAGAAGGUCCUGAAAAAUAAUACGGGCUGUGGAAAGGAGCAGCAGGUGCUGGCAAGAUGAGCAGAGUUUAAGUGGAGGUGGCUCCAAGCAUGGGUCAGUUCUCUGAUGAAUGAAAAGGUUGGAGUAAGCUGGCUUUUGCCCUUCUCCCUGAGCCUUUCUGGAGCCCAAACCCCUGGCUCUGCUCCUCCAGAGAAGUCCAGUAUGCCCCACUGCUUCCAACUUGCCAGAAUGCACCUUCCCCCGCCAAAAAACAGGUCUGCUAGGAGAUGGGUGGGGGGCAGUGCAGCUCCUCAGCUGCCUCGGCAUCUUCUGGGAGGCUGUGCAGAGAUGGCAAGCCUUUCCCUGUCACCCUGCCCCAGCAUAACCCCUGCAGAACAAGGAUAACUCCCAAGGGCUUUCAGCUCCUUCAGCCUUGGGAGAAGCGGCUGGCGAGGAGAGCUGGGAAUGCCCAGAGAAUCACACAGGGUCAGGCCACACCGAGAUGGGAUGCUCAGGCACCGGCUGCCUGAGUGUUAAUGCCCUGCACAGUUCUCCAUCGGCACGUCUGACCUCGUGUUGCAGCACAGCAAAAAAUAACCGUAGUCCCGAUGAGAGGAAAUGCACCGGGCGAGUGCGAGGGAGGCAGUGGUUUUGGCAGGGCUGCCUGCUGGGAAAAGCAGGAGGGGGGACUGGAGAGAAAGGACACGGCACCUCGUAACCCCUGUGUGUGCCGUGGUUUCAUCGCCUGCACUCCUCCGAGCGAUCUCCAAAUCCCCUGCGUCUCAGCACUAAAAAUAUCCUUCCCUGCCGCCCGGAGCUCUUCCCCGGCAGAGGCUGUGUCAUAAGACCCUGCUAUUUGCGGGGCCCUGCUUCCUUUCAUGCGAGGAGAAGCAUGAGAACGAGCAGCACGGUGCCCGAGGCACGGCAGGCACAACCCGGGCACGGUGCCUGGCAGGCUGCUCCUCUACAAGCCCCGCUGCCCCGGCUGCCGCUCGCCCGCCGCUCGCCACUGAGUUUGCUGUGCCCAGCAUCCUCAGCCCUGCGGGCACGGGGGGAUCCGCUCCUUCCGGCAGCCACGGCGCUCCGAUGCCGCUCCAAAACAAACCCGCGACCCAACAGGUUUCCUAGCUCUGCCACUUGCCAAGCAGGUGUCCCUCAAAUCGCCCCGCUCCCCGAGCAUCCCCGUCCCAGGCACGGAGCUCCGCGGGCAGCCCCGGGGCCGGCAGCACGUUGGUGCAGCGAGGGGCUCGGGGCGGCCGGGGCUGGAGGCUCCGGGGGCGGCAGCUCACGCAUUCCCGCGGGAGAGAGGACAGCAUCAUGUAUUGAUGGGCCCUCCCAUCUCACUCCUGGCCUCGUGAGACCCUUAUCCCCGGCAGACCCCACUCUGGGUGCUUUCUCCCACGUUCAGCCCUGCACAUCGGGGCUGCUCCUUGGCAGGGCCGAGGACUUGGCCGCCGCCUCCUUCCUGUGUCUCAGCAGGGUGAGUCAGUGCCUCGCCGUGCCCAGCGCCAGCUCUGCCCGGAGCCUGCAAAGCGUGCCUGCCCCGGGCCAAAAGAUGAGAGGGGACAGAAGUGACGCUGGACUCAGUGGAGAGUCUCCACUUCUGGCUCUCAGCACUGUCUGGUGUCAACAGCCCCCGCCCUUACCGCAAAUGCCCAGGUCACGAGCCCAGGUCGGAAUGUCACCUCUUCUCCCCACGACACGGAGUCCAGCUCCUGCCAAAAGACCCCGGGGGGGGCAGCAUCAAAGUGCCCCUGUCAUUGUGAGAAAAUGGCACCUGGCCGGGCUGCUGGCAGCGGGACCCGCCUGCGCCGACGCUUACCGCGGCCUCUCGGACUGCGUCCUCAAGCUGGGGGACAGCAUGGCCACGUACGAGGAGGAGGAGGGCAUGGAGCUGCAGGGGCUGCGCCGGGUCUGCAGGUAUUGGGAUGAAUUCCACACCUGUGCCCUGACAGUGCUCUGGGACUGCCAGAAGGAAGCAGCAGCUGUCUGGGAGAUGCUGAGAAGGGAGUCCCGAAAAAACAAAUUUCAAGGCAGUUUGUUUGACCUCUGCAGCCCCAGCAUGGCCCAAAGCUCUGCCUGGACCCGCGUUCCCAACAUUUCCAUCCUCAGCAUCCCCCUCAUCGUCACUUGGCUGAACUUAUAAACUGCAGCUCUGUGAGUAUCCCAACAAAAGUGGUGGCAGUGUGUGGCGUGGCAUCUUUCAGAUCUAUUUUCCAAACCUUUGAGGAAUACACUGUGUGGAGCUCAGAAACUCCCGGCUCCAUCCUGCGCCUGUGAGACAUGGAAGAGCUUGGCAGCAUCUCCAGGGUGUUGAAAUGUCUCUGUAAUUUGGAGUAACUCCUCUCCCCCUUCUGCCUCAAGGCACAGGCACAGAUCUGGCUGUCGGGAGAUUUGGGAACUUGUAAAUACAGGGCACAGGAUUUGGGGAGAAAUGAUAAAUUCUGGAAAAUUAUGAAUGCUGGAUACUUCUGCACUCUUUUAUGGCAACUGGAAGGAAACCUGUUUACUUUGCUGACUCUUUCCACCAGAUCAACUCUCCAGGGUUUUGAUUUGGACACUCAAAACAAGAUGGGUGUUCUUCCCACCCCUCCAUGAGGUGCAGGGGAUGGUGUCUGUCCUGUCACAGGCUGAAGGGAGACCUUACUGCCCUGUACUGGCCUUUCUUCUUUGAGGACGUGGUAAAACCCCUGCUGAACAAUAAUCACAGUUGCAUGACUUCUCUUGCACACAUCUGAAUUCCUGACUAACUUCUGUGUUAUGUGUAAAUCCCUUUUCUAUGGACAGAGGUGAAAAAUAUUUGGGGGGAGAGGGAGUAUCAAGCUAGGAGGACAAAAGGGAUUUAUAGCAACUCUUCUGCUUUAAAGCUUUCCCCAAAGUACCUGUAAGCAGCUGUGGGUAGAAGUGUGUAAUUCCAGAGUAUUAAAGCUUGUUGUAGAGCCAACAGCAUGGCAGAAGUUAUUUGUCCUGACUCUUGCUCGACAGCACAGUCUCCUCUUGUCUCCUUUGUGGCUCAGUCUUGUCAGUUUGCAGCUUCAGUACAAGCAUGGAAGUACAAUUUGGAACAGAGAGACGUUUGCAAGUGGUUUCUGAGUAGGUUGGAGAAACACAACAUUACUGGUUAGCCCAAGGCAGUCUGUGUUUUAAGGAUGCCGAUGGAUCUCUGUGCCCUGCCUGGCUGCACAGGGCCCUGGGGUGUGUGCUCAGUGUGAGCAGGGAAACCAGGGCCCUGCUAACCCCACAGAUCCCACCAGAAGCAUUCCAGGCACUGGGCAAGCUUCUAGAGCAAAGGAUCUUAGUCCUAACACUGGUGUUGAGUCAUGCAGCUUCCCUCUGGCAUUCACGUGUUCUUCCUCUUACCUUCACUAUCCCUCGACCCUCUGCUCCUGCAGCAGCAGCAGGAGAUAAUGAAGAAAUUGGAGCAAAUUCCAAGAAAUAAGGCAGGGCAGAGCAGCUGGUGUUCAGACAGCACUUCAGUGCACAAGUUGUUACUUAUGUAUUCAGUACUCAGCAUCUGGGGCACAAAGCCUUAGGGUGAGCAGUGGAGAAAGGUAAAUCAGAGCAUGGUAAAACCUGGAGUGAACCACUCAGAUUCAGCUUCAUUUCUUUCUUUGUACUCCACACCAACAGCACUGUUUUUUCUUUGAUCCUGUUCCCCCCUCCCCUGUUAACUUUAGUGGCUAGAGAAAGCUGAAGCAGGGGAGAGUCAUGUACAACCAAGACUGGAGUAUUUUGGCUCUGAAUCCUGUACCUGUUCUUUGUUUAGAACAACUGUUUAAUGCCGUUUGGAAAAGAAGUAAGCACAGCCCCAUAAAAUCCCACAACCCUUGCCUUCUCUUUGAAUUUGGCAAUUCCUCUCUUAAAAUUUUCUGCAUUGAAGCAGCUUUGGGGAAAGGGAAGGUAAAAGAAUCAGAUUGGCAAGAAAUCUUUUUGCAAAACUAUGGAUGCAAAUGGAUGAUUGCCACUGUCUCUGAGAAG